GUACAUCUCAUGAAAAGCUGUUGACUGCCGCUAAGUGUCCCGCCAUUUGUACGAAAAUGAAAACCGUAACAGUUGUCUGAGGACGAGCACUUAAACAGGAGGGAAAUCAUAAUGGACCAAGAUAAUGAUAUUGAGAUUUUUGAUGAUGUCCCACAGACAGGAAGAAAAAACAGGCUUGGUCGCAAGCCGAGGGCUGUGCAGAGCAAAGCUGCAGCCAAGACUGUCCCUGUUGACCCUGGCUCGAAGGAGCAGGAAGUGUCGGAGGAUGAUCGCAAAUUAAUGGAAGCAGGUUUCCCACCCGGGGGCUUGGGAGCUGAGGAGAGGAGUCAAAUUCUCUUGGUGUUAAAGAAAUCAAUGGUCGAAGUAGGCCAGUCCUGUUCCAAUAACCAUCAGAGAAAUAAGUUUGCUGACACUGAAGGUGAAAACAACUUGGUUAAUGAACCAGACACGGUUAAUGAACCAGACACUGAAAAAUAUAUACAGCAAGGUAACUUAAGUUUGAUGAAUGCUGAUGAGGAUAAUAACAUGAGAAGAAGAGGGAAUAGAAAAAAAAGGCACAGUCUAGAUGAUGGGUCUGAAAAGAUGGUUGAAAAGAAAAAUGUAGCUAAGAAAAGUAGGAAGCAGAAACAUGUGGAAAGUCUUGAGAAUGAGGAGGAGGGCAUGGGUGAUGGAAGUGUUUUUGUGGUGUCCAGCGAAGAAGGUCAAGAACCUCUUGUUGAGAUUGAUGUUGAUGUGAUGGAAACAAAUCCAGAAACAUAUCAAGACCAAGAACCUAAUACCGUUGAAACUGCUGCAAAGAAGCAUAUUGCUAAGGUUAAUGUAGAUAAGCAAAACAAUGAUAAUGCUCAGGAUGAAAAUUCGGAGACAGGUCUGAAACAGGAUCAUGAUACCGCAGAAACUGCUGAUUCAGACAAUCAGAACCUUGAUGUUUAUGUCAAGAAGACAAAAGGGCAUGGUAGAAAGAAGAAAAAUCAGAAGCCUGUUGCUGAGACUGAAAUAGACGUGGAAAAUGAGGAAAAUGUUAAGAUUCGAAAUCGAAAGAACAGGGAUGUAGAAUCCAUGGAUGAAAGAUGUGUUUCUAAAAUAAAUAAUAAAAUGAGCAAGAAAAAGAUGAAGACAGAUAUAGUGAUAGAAACUGAUAGCUCAUCUGAAGGCUUUGGGGCUAACUGCCCUGAAGACGUUAAGGAUUCAGAAAAAUUUAAAUAUGGAAAAGCAGACGAAGAGCAAAGUGAUUCUGGUGAUGUGACAAUAAUUGAAGAGACAAUUAAGUCAGAGGUUGAAACAGAAUCUACAGAAGAAGAAACUUCUAUAUACGCUCAAACUGACAAUGACACCUCAAAGGCAGGUGUCUGUGACAGUGACGUGGAGACUCAACCACCUGAAAGCGAGGUAGGAUCAGUCUCGGACUUGGAACUUCAUCUGGAGACAUCAACCAUGGAUGAAACAAUGCAGGGAGAUGGCUCCAACUUGGAACAGACUCAAAUGGAGGAGGAAGAUGUGAUACAAGUUCUUGUUCAUAAGUCUUCUUCACACAAUAAUGGUCCAACUACCGCCCGGCCAGUCACAACAGAGUCACAGCACUCUGGUGGUUUUGAGCCUGGCAUAGAGGUAGAAGCUGGGCCCAGUUACUCCACAGCUGGGAACCAGCAGGAAGAACCAGAAGACCAAAGUGGAAGUAGUCAGGGCAGCACAGUGGAUGAACAUGGAGAGCUGGUCAGACAUUACAGGGCUGUCAGAAAGCAGCCAUAUAAGAAGUAUCACAACUAUCGACUAGAUGGUGAAGAUCGAGCGGCAUGUAUGCACAGACUUGACUGGCAGUUUCAAAUGUUUCGAGAAAAAUUGCGAAAGGCCCAGCAAUGUCUUCAGCCAAGGAUGUUUUGGGAGGACUGGCCUACAUCUAUCAAGUCAGGGCCUCACCAAACUGGCACAUUGGACCACCUGGCUCGUGGAAAACCAAUGUUGAAUUCAAACUUGUCUGAUGAAGAAGGUACUUCAACAGAAACUAUGUUUAACCCUCAAAAACGGCAGACCAGAGGUCAGCGAGUCAAACCAGACGUGUUCUCAAUGGAUGUAUCAGAUGGUGAAGAUUUUGAAAGUCUGACUGCAAAUUUUAAAAGGCGAAGGAACAUGAAAAAAGCGGAAGAAACUGCAGUUGUUGAGGAUGAUGAUUUACCAGAAUUGGUUGUGGAAAAUGAGGGUAAUUUAUUGGGUUGGAAUAAGUCCGCUACAAGGAAGAAAAACAUAAUGGAGGAGGAAACUCAAGAGUAUGAAAUGGAAGCUGAUAAAGAGAAUAAAGAGUCACAUGGUGGGAGACACUCACAGCUGAAUAAUGGUAUAAAAACUGGCAAAACUUCGGAAUAUAUUAAACUUGGUCAGCCUUUAGAUCAUCCAAUGAGGAGUGUCAGGGGCCGGGGUCUAACUCGGGGGGUCAGUGUACCAAUAGUAGCAAGGGUUGGAACAAGACAAAAUGCGGGUAGAGUUUUAGUAGAAGAAACGCAAGAUAUGGAUGAUGAUGAUGCUCAACUUCAGGAAGCCAUUCGAAGGUCAAAGGCGGAAAUAGUUAUCCAAGAAACACAGUUUCAGGACUCGCAAUUUCAGGAGAACGAUACUGAUUUUCUUGAUGUGAAAGAGUCUGCUACAGGGCAAAUAUUUGGAAAUAAUAUGCAGAAGGCUAAGUUGGCUCAUUAUUCUAUACCAAAGUUUGGUCAUACUAGAAAUCAUGAAAAAGUGGAGAAGACUGGAACUGCUGUGACAGAUGGGGAGAAAGACUGGGUUCAAGAAAAAGGUGUUGAAAGUAAUGAGGGUUAUAAUGAGAAGAGUAAAGUACAAGGGGUCAAAACUAUAGGAAAUCAGAAGAGGGGCAGGAAGAAGAAAGUUCAGGGAGAACCUCUUGUUUUAGAGACACAGGAUAUCGAUGGUGAAAGUUCUGGCAAGAGAAGAUCAAGAAUAAAAAGAAAAACUUUCAAGCUUAAUAGCGAAUCUUCCGGAAAUUCGGAAGAGGAAAGUGUACCUGAAACUCAAGAAUUUGACAUGGACGACAUAUCAGAAAUGUCUGGUGCUAGUGGAAAUCAGAUUGGUAAAACUGGGCUGAAGGAACAUGAUGUUGGGAAAACAGAACCUGUUUCUCAUUCUGUUCAACAUGGAAAAGGCUAUACAUUAGUUACAUUUUUAGGUGCUGUUAAAAGCAAGGCUAAAGCUUUAAAAGAUUAUAUAUCCCCUUCGAAACCAGGCGAAGAGAAUGGACCAUGUGAUCUUAAAAGAAAGGCAGAUGGUGAUGAAGAGGCUGAAGGAUCGCAAUCACCAGUAUUGAAGACCAAGAAGAAGAAAAGACUAGGCAACCCUGCAAGUCUAAGACUAAGGCCAGCAUUUGAAGAAGAUGAUGAAUCAAAUGACAAAGAAAUUGGUCAUGGAAAUAUUGGCAGUGAUGAGAGAUGUAUGGAUUGGGGUUUAACUUCUGGUGGCAGAAGGUUUGUUAGUAGGCCUGAGAGUCAUGAUAAUGAUUCAAGGGCAUCAGAUGAUGUAUCGGUGAGUAGCAGUAGUCAGAGAUCUGGAGCAAUGUUAGAUGAUCAUGGUUAUUUGUACUCAACACAGAUUGCUGAAAUUCGGAAGCGUACAGGAAGGAGCGUCAAAGCUCGUGGGAAGAAAGUCGAAGAUCUUGUGAAGGAAAAGGAGGAUGAAAAAAUUCAAGCAAUUCUGUCAUUAGAUGAAUCUGAUGAUGAGCAGGACCAAAACAUGUUUAAAUAUUUGGGAAAUACUUAUUCCAGGAAAGGAAACAGGUAUGGGAAAAAGGAACUCACUGGAUGGAAAACUGAACAAUUUCCUCCCGAUACAAACAAUGAAGGAAGAACUGAUUAUAGAAACUGUACUAGCACAGCUGACCUUGAUCUGGAUAUUAACCAAUCAGGAAAUAGGCUUCCAUCACUGGAUCUGACGUUUGGUGAGAGAGCGUUCCAAUGGGAGGAAGCAGAGGGGUCAACCCCGGCCAGACAUGCCCCUAGGAUGGAGCCAGAGGUCAAGCAAGCAUCUCAUAGUCAGGAUGAGCCAAAGACAAUGUGUCCUUUAUGCAGUAUGGAAUUCUUCACACGUGUGAUAGAAGAGCAUGCUGCAACUUGUGAUGGCACACCCAUAGAAGGCAAUGAAGUUGGAUCACAGGGAGACCGAGGGGGACAGGUGACUGCUGCAGACUCUACAUCAGUACUAGAGGAUGUUGAAGCAGAAGUGAUAAAUGGGAUGAUGGUGUGCAUUAUUUGUGAUCGCCGGUACCCUGAACAGGAGUUUAAGGAGCACUUCCAGGAAUGUUGUGAGCAGGCCAAAGCACAGCAAGCCGGGAUAGAGGCUCAAGGAUACCAGCAGGCUGUUGAGCCCACAACAGUUGAACCUCGCACAACACGCGCGAAGAUUCGAAACGAUGAAAAUAGUCCUACUACAAGAAACCGUCAGGGUGUAAACACUCCUGCCACUAGAAACCGAUGCGUUGAAAAUAGUCCAGCUGCUCGAGCCAGAACAACAAAGCGCUUGUCCCCAACAAAUACAGUAUCAUCACAUACCACACCUGUGAAGUCAGACAGUCCUGUCAGCAUUGAAAUCGAUGACAAUAGUGACCCAGAGGAAUGUGAGAACCCGUACCCCCGAAUGCCUCCUGCACGGGAAGCAGUAGGGCGAAGGUUGGUCAUGAAACCUGGGGGUCCUCGUACAGGGCAGCUGGUGUUACAAGUGAGAGGCACCAAUAACAGAAGUGACAUGACAGCCAGGGCAGCAAGCGUGAAGAAACAGACCGGGCGUUCAUCGACGGAAGGGUACAUAACAGCCACCACUGACAGUGAUGGAAGUGAUAUCAACAGUAGCAGCGCAGGCAGUGAGAGUGACUCCAGCAGUGGUGACAACAUUACAUUGUCAACAUUGGCACGGACUGGUUCUAGCUCUUUGAUCACAGGACCAUGGAAUAAACCACUGCAAAAUUCCAGAAUUGUAAACCAGUCUAGUGAUGGAUGUGUUCCUAUUCCUGAUUGGGUGAAGAAAGGUGUGCAUUCACCAAUCAAAAGCUUUGUUCCAAUAUCUCAACAGGAGGACUCUGAAUAUUUUGCAAGGCAGUUUAAAUAUAAAAAAGAAAAUGUUGAAAAGAGGAUGAACAAGAGAAAAAGAUCUCAAGGUCAAAAGAAAAAGCCAAGAAAACGCAGAAAAGUGCAAAGAAAAAGAAAGAAACCCAAAUAAAGAGUAAUACUUAAUAAAUUGUCAUGUACUAUACAUACUCAUGUUUUCUUAUUCCAUUUCAAAGUCUCGGCUUAUGUGUUCGUUAUUACGGAAGAUAUUUUUUUUUUGGAUGUACCGGUAUUGUUGCAUUUGUUCUUUGUUACCAGUUUAGCAAUAAAGACUAUACAUUGCAUGAAAGUGUUCAGUUAUUUGAAAUCAUUAGCUAUCAAUCUGUUGAUCUUCAACGUGAAUAUGGAACUGGGUAUGUGUGGAUCAUCAUGUCUGCAAUUACUUUCAUGUUAUUUUAAUAGUCCAUGGCAUAUACCAUGCAAUGUACAUAUUGGAUAAGAUGAGGGGCCUAUUGUUCAGAACUUUGGUUAAAGUUUACAAUGUGAUUAAUGAAUGACAUUGUUGUUAAAUUUUGAAUGUCAAAUUUUUUAUGAUGUGCUCAUGUUUUAUUUAAAUAAUUACACCUAAAGCACUUACAUAAAAUCUUGUUAGAAGUACUGCUAGUCACAAGAGAACCUUUUAGAGCUGUAAAGAUUUGUAAGUUAACAAUGUUUUCAUCUUGAGCAAAGUUUAUGUCCGUCUGUGAACCUUUAGGAAGGGAAGUUUUUUCGAAAUGAUUACUUCAGAGACACAUUUAUUUGCAUCACACGAUCUUUGGCUGAACUUGGAAGCCUUGAUUAAGAAAUCUCAAUGUUGCAGGUGGAAUAGAUUAAACUUAACUGAGGCAUCUAAGCAAAUUUUUGCAAGGUUAUUAUUUUUGCAAGGUUAUUUUAACAGUCUAGUGAGUUUACCAUGCAAUUUACAAGACAAUAUUGUAAGAAACGAUGUAUAAUCUUGGAACUCAUAGGAAGGGAAAUCAAUUGAGAGACACACUUUUUUACAUCACAGGAUCUUUGGCAUAGCUUUGGAAUAUUAUCUCAAUUGUUACACUCGGAAUAGAUUUAACUAUAUCGAUGCAUCAAGGACUGACUUUUGCCCCGACUUCUGACCAAAAUCCUGCAAUGUGACAAUUUUUUAUGUUCUGAAUAGUAAAAGGCAACUGAUGAAGAAGCCGAAAUGAAGUAUAAAGACAUCUUGACCCCAUAAAGUGACCUUGACCUUAAAAGUAAGUUGCUGGAACAUACACUCUGCACGUUGUUUCAUAUUGUGAACAUUAUUUUGUGCACAUUUUUUUAUACAGUUAUCAUAGGUUGCUGAAUUAAGCAUGAAAAAUAAAGUAUGAAAAUAAAGUAUGAAAAAAUAAAUAAAAAUAUGACCUUCAACAUCUAAGAGUGACUUUUAAAGAUAUCUGACUGCAACAUUCACUCUGCCUAUUGACUUGAUGCAGUGAACAGAUAUGUAAAAUUAUUUCAAACUCUUGUGGUUGACUUUGACCUUAUAGUGACCUUGACCUUGAAGGUACAUUAUCAGAACAUGGGCUCUGCAUGUCUGCAUAAUAUGGUAUACAGUUGCAAACUGUGAAAUCCUAUCAGACGAGUUCUAGUGCAGCCAGGAAAAGUGGGAAUGACUGUCAAAGAUGCCCUUCCCUCAAAUGUGAGACCUUGACUUACAGUCUUGGAGAGAAAUUCACCUUGUGCCUUUUGUCCUGUCAAAGUUUGAAGUCAGAAGUUUCAACAAUGAUGGCUGUUUGAAAACCCAUUCAGACUGAGCAGAAUACAAUUAUACUAUUGUUCUGUUUAGCCCUUCAAACUUUGACUGAUAAAUGGGUUAUUUUGCAGACCUGUGAUAAAUUCUGGA